UCAAUGUUGCGAGCAGCGUUGUCAGAGCGCUUUCAGACUGGAGGGAGUCGGACCGAACGAACUGGGGUUCCCAAAUAACGGGAACAUAGAGACAGACACACAGACGGAUGGCGGGACAGAGCCAAAGAAAAGAUACCGCAUAACGGGUACCGUGUUUAUGUUUUUCGUUUAGCUUUUCGUAAAAAAAAAAAUCUGGUUUAUUUAUUUAUCUUUUAUUUAUCGAUUGAUUGCGUUUUAAUUACCGGCCUGUGACAGAGAGGGGGAGGAGCGAAAACCGGAGGCGUCCCUGUGUAGCCUUACUUAUUAUUGGAUUAUUUAAAUGUUUCAAAUAAUGUAAUUGUAUAUUUUAUCAUAAUGCUUCUUGUGUGCAUGUAUUCGUGAGCUGACCAUAGCCAUUUCUGCUUAGAACCAAAUAUAGAGAACCACAAAUAACAACACCACACAAACAGCUGUUAACCUUGUCUGUUCCGACCAUACACCUGCUACAACGGACAGCGAGAAAGAACAGUUUUUCAUCAAAGUAAAACUGGAGAGAUAUUUAUUUACAAGUGUAAACCAAAGCAAAACCGAUCGAGGUAAAAGAGGCCACUGUGACGGGAAAAGUCGCACACCUGUCGUGAUAAGCAAAACAUAUGGAAAUACCUUCAAGAAUAUAAAAAAGAAUACUCCACACAAUUCAUAUCUAGGCUAUUUUGUAGCUACAUACAGGCCUAACUUUUACCAAUGAGAGAAUACCAGCGUUAGAGAGUUACUCAAUGUCUAUUAAUUCUGUUAAUGACUAAUAUCAACAGAAGCCUAUUUUACAUAGCUGGCGCUGUGUAUCCGGUAUCCCGACUAUUCGUCUGUGUGUUAGUCUCAAGUGAGCACCGUUCACUGAACUGCUAAGGGACCAUAUAUCCACAUCGAUAUGACAUAGAUAGAGGCACAAAACCAAAAAUGUGAACGUAGCAUAGGCUAGACACAAACACAACCAAAUAUUCUUACUACCAAACAUAUUUUGAAACGUCUACCUGGAAAGCAUACGAAGAAAAGCAACAAAGAAGAGAAGAAGCGCAAUUCGAAGAAAACUGCAAAUAAAAACCAAGAACGACAGCGGAUCAUGUUUGUUCCCUUGCCGGUGCCGUUCGUCUUUCAGAGAACUGCUUCCGACUUCAGCGCCUGGCGUCUCAAGUCCCCGCUGGCUCUACGCUCCAGCUCCGAUAUCAGGAUGUCAAAACUAGCAGAGGAUGAGAAGCCUGGGGCAGACUUUCCAGAGGAGAGCACAGACUCCGAGAGGAACAGUCCCGAUGCAAAUGAUCAGGUUCAGCCAAUGAAAACGAGUCCCUUCAGUCUUUCUCCUUCCUUGAGCAACACCAAGAGUAAAAGUGAGGCUGGCCCUGAGAUGACCUCCACCCAUGUGCCGCCUCCCUCCCAGCAGCAGACACCUCACCCUCACACACAACUCAUGUUGGCAGGGAGUCAGCUGGCAGGGCUGGCUGCCCUCUUGCCUGCGCAGCAGCAGCUGUUGCUUCAGCAGGCCCAGGCUCAGCUCCUGGCCGCUGCCGUGCAGCAGUCCAACGCGGCUCACGCUGCUCAUGCCGCCCACGCAGCAGCCCAAGCCAAUCAGCAGCAGCAACAACAGCAGCAGCAGCUGACCAAACAAGAGCAUGCCCAGCCCCAGCUCACGCUCUCUCAGCCUAUCCAGCUCACCGCCCAGGAUAUCCAGCAACUGUUGCAGCUGCAGCAGUUAGUCCUGAUGCCCGGCCAUCACCUGCAGUCUCCUCAGUUCCUCCUGCCUCAGGCCCAGGGACAACAGGGGCAGCAGGGUAAGUGGGACCUACUAAGUUUGCUCUCGACACCAAAUUUAAUUUCGCUACCUCAGCAUCAGCAAAGCCAAGGGAGUCUUCUAACUACUCCACCCAGGCUGGGACUGCAAGCACAGCGUCGUCACGGUGACGGCCUCACGUCGUUACAGAGGGACAAGAGCGGGGACGGCGGCGUGACCUCCGGGGCCUCGGCCGCCCCAAUGACCUCGGUGACCUCUGGCCCGCACGGCGAGGAGCCAAGUGACCUGGAGGAGCUGGAGCAGUUCGCCCGCACCUUCAAACAGAGACGCAUCAAACUGGGCUUCACACAGGGUGACGUUGGCAUGGCAAUGGGGAAACUGUAUGGGAAUGACUUCAGCCAGACCACCAUCUCUCGCUUCGAGGCCCUCAACCUGAGCUUCAAGAACAUGUGCAAGCUCAAGCCUCUGCUUGAGAAGUGGCUAAACGACGCGGAGACCAUGGCGAUAGACAACAUGCUUCCCAGCCCCAGCUCUCUCUCCUCCCCCAUGAUGGGGUUUGAGGGCAUGACGGGGCGCCGCAGGAAGAAACGCACCAGCAUUGAGACCAACGUCCGCGUGGCCUUAGAGCGCAACUUCAUCUCGAACCAGAAGCCUAACUCAGAGGAGAUCCUCCUGAUGGGAAAGCAGCUCAACAUGGAGAAGGAGGUGAUCCGGGUCUGGUUCUGCAACCGGCGCCAGAAAGAGAAACGCAUCAACCCCUGCAGUGCCACCCCUCCCCUGCCCAGCCAGUCCCCCCUUGUGACGCACAAACCCCCCUGCUACAGCCCACACAUGAUGUCUAGUCAGGGGCUGCACCAGGCUGCCACCAGCCUCAGCACAACAGUGACCAGUCCAUCGCCCUCGGCAACCUGCCCUCUGACCCCCAGUGGCUCUGCAACUAUGAGCUCCGCAACUGUGACUCCGCCUCAACACAGCACAGCCAGCAACGCCAGUGCCCACAGCCUGAACGCUGGGAACACAAUGAUGGGAGUAAGCACAGGGAUGAACCAGGCUCUCGUCGGCAGCAAUCCCCUGGCCACAAUGCAAGCUCUGGCUGCCAGUGGUGGGCAGCUGCCCGUUUCCAGUCUUGAGGCCGGAGGUCAGAUGAUCCUGGGCGGGGCUGGGGUUCGCCCCUCCUUAUUCCUCAACCGCCACACCCUCCUGCCUAUGGCGUCCCACCAAGCCUGCGUGGGAUUGGUCGGCGGUCCCAGGGGCGACUCUCCGCCCCCCCGCGCCAGCGGCAUGGACGUCGACUCCUGCUCCGCCUCUCCCUGCUCCAGCCCUGCCUCCUUCUGCUCGUUCAGCGAAGCCUCACCGCCGCCGCUUGGCGGGGCCAUGGCCGAGUGACGACGACACAACCCAAAGGAUCCUAUCAGGAGGAAGAGGAGGAGGAGGAGGAGGAGGAGGAGGAGUUUUAGUGGAGCUUUACAGAAACACCUCGCCUUUCAACCAAAGCCAUCUCUCUCUCCCUCCAUUUGUCGCCUUCGCUCUCUCUCCCGGAGUCUUUCGAAGCCAAAAAAUACACAGAUUGAAAGAGGAAGAAGAGAGCGAGGAAGAAUGGAGAGGAGGAGAGAACAGGAGAACGGGGAGAUUUAAACCAAAAAAAUGAUCUAUCUAUACAGUUGGAGAGGUGGCAUUGUGGAACGUUUUGUCGGCAGUGAAUGCUAAUGUACAUUUACUCCUUUCUCUGAAAAGAACAAACGAGCUGAAAAAAAACGUCUGAAAAAGAGGGCAGGGAUGACAACUGAACUAAGACUUUGUGUGAGAGAUGGGUGGCAAGGACAGGAAAGGAAGGAAAGACUUUCAACAAGCUUCAGCGGAAGGAUGGAAAGAAAACCAAAUGUAAAAAAACCUAGAAGGGAAAAAACACACAAAGAUAAAAAUGACAAACAUGCCAAAAUCUCCAAAACCGAAAUACCAAAAACUGAAACCAAAAAAAACGGAGAGAAAAGCUUUACUUAAAAGACUUAUGAUUCUGAUCUGUCCAGGAUCAGCACAUCACCCACACUCAACAACGCCAAAAACAUGUAUGAGUUCAUCGUAAUAUGUUUGUUUUUGUAAGUUUUCAACACUUAUUUUUGUAUUUUAUAUGAUUUGAGCAUUGGGUUAUGUCAUACCAAAUGAGCAUGAUUUGAUAUAGAUAUGUUAGUGGUGUCAGUCCUCCCACAUAUCUUUGCCUACCUCUCUAGUGGCUGUACAGUUUCAACCUAUUUAUAGUACAAAGCCUUGUUGGGGAUUUAGCAGUCACCUCGAAUUAGUAACGUUACAACUUAUUUUGUGGUUUAUUUUCCUAAUCAAUUUCCUUUGUUGAUUUCCCAUUUUGCUCAUUGAAUCCUUAUUGUCAUGAUCAUCAUAAUUAGCACCCUUGUCGUUAGGGUUAUUAACGUCAACAUUUGUUUAAUAUGAUGAGAUAUGGUUGCCUCCUUUGUUUCAUAACAUCUUAUGUACAAUUCUCUAGCACCCUCCCCUUGCGAAGAUAAGGGCACUGGGCCUUUUUCUGAAAUGUUUUAUGAGGUUGGAGAACACAUUGGGAGGGACGUUAGACCAUACCUCCAUGCAGAAUAUUUCCAGAUCCUUUGUCUGCUCUUAUGGACUUCCCGCUUCAAUUUAAAACGACAAUGGGGUUCAAGUCUGGAGAAUGAGAAGGCCGUUGCAAAAUGUUGAUUUUUGUGGCCAAUGAAACUUUUCUUUGUGGAUUUCGAUUAGUGCUUGGGAGUUAUUGUCUUGCUGGAAGAUCCACUUGUGGCAAAAUAGCCCCAUAAUGUCAAAGAUCCACCACCCUAUUUUACCGCAUGAGGUACAUUUCUGCAUAUUCUUCUGUAUUUCAACGCCAAACCCGCCACUGGUGUGCGUGACCAAAGAGAUCUCUUUUCAUGUCAUCUGAUCAUAGCACCGCCUGGAGUUUUAUAAACAGUAUUGGCACUUGGAUUGGAACCGGGUGCUUUGAUCAGAUGACAUGGAAAUAGAGCUCUUUGGCCACAUACACCAGUGGUGGGUUUGGUUUUGAAAAACAGAAGAAAAUGUAUAAAAGUACCUCAUGCCAAUGUUAAAAUAUGGUGGUGGAUCUUUGAUAUUAUGGGGCUAUUUUGCUUCCACUGAUCCUGGGGCCCUUUUUAAGGUCAACGACGGCAUCAUGAACUUUACCAAGUACCAACCCGCCAUUUUAAACAAAAACCUGGUUGCCUCUGCCAGGAGGCUGACAGUUGGCCAAAAGUGGAUCUUCCAGCAAGACAAUAACCCCAAACACAAAUCAAAAUCCACAAAGAAAUGGUUAAUUGACCACGAAAUCUCAAUUUUGCAACGGCUACCUGUUGUUUGAAGGCUCAAUGUAGUUAUCCUUGCAAGGGGAGGGUGCUAGAGUAUUAAAAAGGUGUGAAUCAUUUUGAUCCUUAUCUUUUCUUCAUUUUUCUUCUAUGAGCAAUUGUAUUAGUAUAAAAUAAUAUAAUUUCCCCACUUUUUUUGCAAACAAAAACAAUUUGUAUAAUUUAUUUUAUACUGUAUUUUUUGCUAAUCUUUAUCAAUGUAUAUAUGAACACCAAAAUGUACUCUAAUGGCUGUUGCUUCAAGCACACACACACACACACACACACACACACACACACACACACACACACACACACACACACUACACUACACUACACUACACUAGAAUGUAUCGAGAUGUUGAAGCUAAAUAAUCUUUAAUGCCUUUCAUUAUAUUUGUUAGCCUGUUUUUCUCUCAAUAUAAUUCAUUUUCCUAUCAUUCCACCGACUUCAUUUCAGUCACUUCUAGUCAGUCACUCUUGGAUACCAAAGCAUUGUUUCUCCCGGCCGGAAGAGCCGGGAAAACAAGUGUUCAGACAGAGACCUCAGCCGUGUCAAAAACCAAACACCCCAUAACAGAGGACGACUCCACACCAACAACAAAAAAAGGACAGCAUCCCUCCGAGCCCCCAACCCCCUGCCCUCCACCCCUUCUGCCCCUCUCCUUUGCCUCGAAAGAUGGGGUCAAAGAGCCAAAAAAAAGAAGAUGAGAAGAGAACAAAAAGACUGCCCAGAGGAGUCAAAGGCAGAAAGAGGAUCUGUUGGAAACUGCAGGGGAAAACGGAGGAGAAAGCUGGAACGAAGGACCAAAACCAAAAAAUAACCUUACCAAAACCUACGCAUGAGCGACUUAACUGAACAGAUGAGAAACCAAAAACCAAAUACAAUACGUUGUGGACAAAGAAGUGGAGGAGGAAGAUAAGGAAGAGGAGGAGGCUUUAGUCUGUCACAGCCGGAGAGGCUCCCUCUCUCACUCUCUCCUCCCUCCUCCAUUUGUGACCUCACUUUGUUCACCCUUUUCCUGGAUGGAGGAACAGCUAAUGACCUCACGGAACUGAAUUUAAGAAUAUCUAUUUUUCGUUUUUUUGCUUUUCGCGGUCGGUCUGUCGAUUGCUGUAUGACUUUGUCUCAUUGCUUUCUACUUGUAAUGGAGAUGAUGGGGUGAUUUAUUGCCUAUUUUCAUAUCUGGUCUGGGCUAUUAUUGGUGUGCUCUGGCUUUUUUUCAUUAGGUGGUUGGAAAUAAUACUGUGAAAAUGUAGCUUCCACAUUUUUUCUUUGAUCAAGAAUGUUCUGAAAAAGCCAAAACUGAAUACCAAAAGCAAAACUGUUUGACACACAGACAUACCAAAUAACAACCAAAUCAAUGCACAAUUGUCGGAGAGGAACAGUUGGAUAACUGUGUUUGUGCUAGGGUUUUCUGGACAGAUAUGUAGAGAGACUGGUUGAGAGAGAAAGGUGUGUGUGUGUGUGUGUGUGUGUGUGUGUGUGUGUGUGUGUGUGUGUGUGUGUGUGUGUGUGUGUGUGUGUGUGUGCGUGUGUGUGUGCAUUCAGGCAUGCUUCCAUACAUGAUUGCACACAUACCUGUGUGUGACAGGAGAGCAAAAGAGAGACCGAAUGAGUGUGCAGAAAGAGCCAUUCUCUCGCAUAUUAACCAAACCAUAAAGAUUCAGUACACACUCUUCUGUCUAGUGUGCCACAGAAUACUGUUUGAUAAACACAUGGAUCUUCACACGUGAAAUGGGGCAUACUUGGGCACAUAUAGGCAGAUAUUAAAGGCAACCAAUGAUAAUAUUGUGGGGAGGGGCGGGCGGAAAAUCAACUGAAAACCAGUUGAGCUACCCUUUAUAAGGAAUGUAUCGUUAGUGCUUCAAUAGAUUUUGUAGGACAAAAAGCUAUAUCUUCUACUGCUAAUGUAUAAAAGGCUGUGAAAUGAUCCUUGAUAAAAAUGUGGAUGAUAACGAUGACUUGAUUUUAGACCAAAAGCUUUAAACUAUCUCUCUUGGGAUCUUUGUUUUGAAGGUGUAUAUCUAUUCAUGUGAGGUGGAAGAUGAGUUUCUCUGCAAAAGAUUUGUAUGUUACGAACUCUCACUUGUCUGUUUAUUGAUUUAUUCAAUGAUGUAAUUCUUUUUUUCUAUUUCUGGAUUCGGACCUUUGUAACAGUUGGGGAUUGUGAGGUUGUAUUUUGAAGAGAGGUGUUCUUGAGAUUAAGACAAGAAGACAAAAUGCUUUAAAACACAAAGACAAAAGGCCAAGCUUUAAAACAAAAACUGAAACCAAAUGUAAAGACUGUUCUUGUAAUGGGUGUCAUCUCAGAGCCCGUCUCAACUGAUAAAAGCCCUAACCUGACAGAGAGAGAGAGAGGGAGAGAGAGAGAGAGAGAGAGAGAGAGAAUCAAACUGUUCCAUGAAAUGGGUCCAUUUUAGAGUAAUAGUGGCCCCUGAAAUUUCUCCUUUCGCUUUUCUACUUACACCUACCUGUGUGUGCCAAUAGGAGUUCAAACACGUCUAGAUGCCUCUAGAUGUUCAUACUAUCUCCAGCUCUCUCUCUCUUGCUCUCUGAUCCAGUCUUUUAUUUCAAGAGAGCGACGUCAUAUAUACCUCAUGUACUUUGAUGAAAAACCAAAUAAACAGAAGCUUUAAUAAGACAUGUGACCAUGGUCGUCUUGGCUCAGCCGAGGGAUACAAUAACUGGCCUGGCUAUCGAGUUUGACGAUCAAGACUUUCCAAAACGUUUCAAAAGAACAGUUUGUAAGCAGUUUCCUCGGUUUUAUAGGUAACAUGUGCUAUGACCUCCCUCCUCAGAAGUAGAUGCACCACUCGUCUCUCCUUCAGUGGGUCUUUGAUUUCUGUUGACAAUGCUGUGAGGGUACUGGAGGUGUUUAUGGCAAUGUCUCUUCUGAGAAGGUGUGUGUGGGAUAUUAGCGUGAUGAUGAUGCUGUACAGUAUGUGUGCCUGUGAAGGGCUCUCCUGUGAUGGACGGAGAAUGAUACCAAAGUUAAACCACCACAGUGAGACCCGACACACACAACACACACACACACACACGGAGAACACACACACACACACACACAGUUAAUCCAUGUGUAUAUAAACAUUCAGGAGUCUUCAUGAAGACUAAAUGCUACAUAAUGGUAUUUAUUUACCCUUCAUUGAUAUCAAAAGACAUACUACUGUCUUCAAGAGCACUUAAUGCUAUGAAGCUAUGCGCCUUGAAUUGUGACCAUUUUAUACAGUAGUUAUAAGUGGCUAUGAAUGUUUGUUUUAUGUGCUUAUUAAGAAUGUCCUCAACUUAUAGGUCUCCAUGAACUAAGAUAUUUCUUUGGCCUUGAGAACACAAAUAUGUCUGAACAUCACAUCAAAUCAAAGAGGAUAUAGUAAAAGAGAGAACAAACAUACUCAAUUUGCCCAAAUCAAAGUGGAUAUAGUAAAAGAGAGAACAAACAUAGUCAAUUUGACCCAUAUGCUUUGUUUAUUUUUUAAACAUAUUUUUUUCUACAAUACAGCUUAAAUCCAAAGGUCAUUUAAUGAGGAUGGCAAAGAAACAUUUUACUAAUGAAAACCUCAAUAGUGAAAACCAAAGAGCUCCACCACACCUUCUUUCUUUUACAAGUAAAAACUUUGCAUUUUUCUUUUCGAUGAUAAAAACGGCAAACGUUCUCUUUAAUACAAUGAUGUUUGAUGAUGAUGAUAACUAUGAUGCUGAUGAUAACAAAAACACUGCUCUGUAACUUUGUAUCUGUUACGACCCAUUUCCUUUCUGUUUGUGAGUAACCUGCUUUUACCUCAAGGCUCUCUCUGAGUUAGUAACCCGUUUUUUGAUUUUGUUCCCAACUGUUAAACUGCCCCUUACUCAUCGCUAUCGGUGUGCCUGUUGUUUGGGGGGAGGGGGACAAAUGAAACAGUAAGUGUUAGGAAUAAAGUGCAAAUUUAGACCAA